AGUAUCAGCAAAUGCAGCUCAAUUCUUUGCUUUAUUUUUACCGUAUAAGCAGCUGGCAGUAGGUGUUGUAUUGUCGCAUGGCAACAACGAAGCCUAGUUUCAGCAGGAAGUUGCAGUGCAUUAUGUAUGAAAUUUAACGUAGCAAUCUUGUAAAUGUAUAAAUACUAGUUACGCGCAUAUAGGACAAAGCAAUGAAAAGCGUUAGACCUACAGAACCGUGUGCUGACAAAGUAGAUAAUCUUCGUUGCAAGAAAGACGAUGCAGAUUUUAAUAUAUGUGGAAAUAGCCAAACUUGUGUCUUCACUACCAAGCUCAACGAUUCUAUCCAGUGGCUGUCUCGCGCAGGGGACGCGUCAAAAAGAAGAUACCUCACGGGUGUUCUCGUGCGGUGUCAAAGUGUCGAGAUUCUAGAAAAUGUUAAAAAAGUUCUGCAAGUUACAUUUGGUAAAGAUUUUACCUAUACCAGAUCACGUCAGAAGCCAAGUCUUCCAGAAGACAUGAUCACUUGGAGUUCGGACCGAGCGCUUGACACCAAAAUGCUUGGGAUGGAAAUGGUGGACACUUGGAACUGGUUCAGUCGUAGCAAUCACUGGACAAAAUCCAACUAUCUUUUAAGAAUCCUUUCCCUAUGCGAUACACAGCUUCUUCACAUGCUCGGAAACUUAACAAGUGUGCUAAUAGCGAGAAAAAAACGUGCCUUCCUGCAAUAUAAACACUUGCUGGACACCUCUUCUAUCCGAGAAUCCACCUACUCCUUUAACUCUCAGGAGGAUCAUCCAGACCUGGACCUCCUCAUCCAGGCCAGCUCCUUCUAUGAGCCUGUCAGUGUGUACAAUUUCACAGACAUGGACACAACAGAUGGAAGGCAGGAGACGUGCCAUGAUGCAGAGCUCUCGAAUAGCUGCCAACUUAAUGCAGUUCCACGGGUGUGUCUCUGCCCUGGGCCUGAAGACUUGCCCAGCUUUGACCGUGUGUAUAUGGGGACAGUGAAGAAAGAUAGCGACAAUGAAUCCAUCAGCUCAGACGACCCUGCCCUAAUGGUGGUCCCCCAGUGCUCCCGCUCUGUCUCCGGAGUCAGUCGGGACAGAGACUUCAUCCGUGGUCUCCCUGUUCAUCUUGCUAAGAGGAUUUUAGGUCUUUUAGACAAAGCCUCUCUGCACUCCUGCAAAGAUGUCUCCCAACACUGGCGAUACCUGACAGAAGACACUCAGCAGGAUCUUAAAUGCAAGAAGAUUGUAGAGAAACAAUCUAUGUUGAUGCAGAGCAACAUUACCACAGACGUCAGCUCUACCUACGCCAAAGUCCGUGAGGUCUUAUUGCCCAUAAGGGAGGAUGAGGAGCACCAGGACCACGGAGACAUCUUCUCCGAAAUCAAAUGGGAGAGGGGUUUUGCUGCCGUCUAUGCUGGCGUUAGAACCCGAGCUGUGUGGAUGGAAGAGCGGAAUGUGUUCUGUGGAGUGUACAACAUCCUGCUGCUGCUGGACAGGGAGGACCCGUCCAGGGUGGUGCACUAUGACGGAGGUCAGCUGGUGGCAGUGGGCUCCAAGGACCGCAUGGUGCGUUUGCUGGACGUGGUGGCGCUGAAGGAGGUGUUCCCUGUAAUCCAGGGCCAUGCCGGCUCCAUCAGGGCCCUUGUGCUCUGUGAGGAGAGGGGUCUGGUUAUCAGCGCCAGCUACGACCUCAGCAUCAGGUGUUGGAAUCUGAAAACAGGCACAUGCACGAUGCUCUUGCGGGGCCAUUUGGGUACCAUCAACUGCCUGGACCUUCAUGAGGAUUGUCUAGUCUCAGGGGCAAAGGACUGCAAAGUCAAGGUGUGGAACCUGCAGACAGGGAAGUGCUUUGAGAAGCUCAAGUUUAAGCACCACAACCCCAUUUUGUGUGUGAAGAUAGAUAAGACUCUUGUGUUGAGCAGCUGCGAAAAAGGCUUGGUGAAGAUGUGGGGCAUGGAGACCGCAUCACUCCUGAAAACAAUCAAUGCACACCACAGCUCUGUGAAGUGUCUGUUUUUCGACCAGUGGCAUAUUCUAUCGGGAGGUUCGGACGGAAAGGUCAUGGCCUGGAGCACCAGCUGUGAAAUGAAGAAAAGCCUGAUGACCUAUCGCCACCCGAAGGAAGUUCUGGCACUGAUUCUUCAAUUUCUGCGUGUCAUCACCGGCUGUGCUGACGGAAAGAUCCGCAUAUUCAACUUCCUAACAGGGGAUUGCCUCAGGGUCAUCAAGGCAGGAGGUCAACAUAGCCCUAUACUCUCUCUUCACACACACAACAACAAUAUGGUGGUGAACACGCGCUCCAGCGUUCUGCUCUUCCGCUUUACCAGGGUGCGUUGGGACUACUCUAUGCCUGCCGAGAGGGAGUGUUGUAGCGAACACCAGGGCACUCCUAAAGGCGCGCUCAGCAGAAACACAUCCCCACACGCCCAGGUCAGGGCAGAGCGCAUGGCCCUGGUGGGCUCGUCCAACUGUAAGAUCUACAACCGCGAGGGCAAGGAUCCGGAGAAGCUGGGGCUGUCCCACCACGCACGCUCCCUGUCUGCCUCCAGCAUGCGCCGGGCACAGGCAGUCCAGCAGGAAUCUAGGAGGCCUGCUACAUGGAGCGAGCUACAGAGCUACCGUAGGAGCCGGGCCUACAUCGACCUGCAGCCAGAGUUCAUCACUAAGCCCCCCUCAGCCAUCUCUCCGUGGGGACUGGUCAGCGGACACACCCAAGAGUCCCAAACCAGGACCAUCCACACUCCCAGUAGCAAUACCACCAGUACAGCCAGAGACACAUACGUGACCACUAAGUGGAUGCUGACUCGCAGUGAGAAGGCUGUGAGGGACAGAGUGAAGAAGAGGGGCCCCCAUCACAACAUCACCACUGAUCGGGUCCUCCUCAGUGUCAGCUCCACCCAGCGGGCCAAGGCAAGGGACCAGGCCGGGGUCAACAUGGAGCUUAAUGCUCAGCUACGGGAUGAUUGGGGCUCUCCUCCAUCUCUUACUCCCCCUGACCAAGGGAAGGACCCAGAGCCCCAAACCUCCCCACAACCUCCAGUCCCAAAACAGAGCCCACUGAGUACAUUUCAGAAGGCCCCAUCAGCACCCAGCCACCGGGCCUUCCAGUACAGCAUGACCAAGACGUACACUCCCCUCCUGACCCGGGCUCUGGACCUCAAACCGAGACGGGAGGUCCGCUCGUCCGUCCCCUCCCCCGUGGUGGUGCGGCCCCAGACGUCACUGGGCGUGCCCGAGUCGGCGGUGAGCAAGGUAGGGGCAUUCACCACCAGUGCCCAGUCAGACGUCAAGGAGCCGCAGCGUAUGUUUCCAGGACGCCGCGUGGACUUUGUGAUGCCGAAUAAGACCAUCGGCCUGCACAACUCACCGGACCCAUUCAGGCUUUUCGGGGCUUUCAGACUCCUCACAGACACUCAGUUACAGGGUUACAUCAGAUCACAGACACACCAGCAUGGUGAGGGAUGCUCUGCGACCUGGGAGGACCAGGAGAAGCAGAGGAAGACGACGUGGACGGUAAAGGUCAAAGGUGUCUCCAUCCCAGACCACACCGAGCAGGACCAGGUGUAUGCACCCGAGCUGGGACAGGACUCCUACAUCUGACACUGUCCGACACUGACCUGGACAUGUGAUUGGCCAGGAAACCCAAUAAGUGUCUGAUCUGUGCGGCCAUGCCAGGACAAGGGGAGAGCUCAGGGCAAUGGCAUGUAUGAUUCCUCCCUCUGAAUGCUUGUCUCUAGAUUUGUUGAUUCUGGGCUCACUAUUCAGAAGUGAAUUCCUUUUUUACUGUAUGCAUACUUCUAACGUGCAAACAUAUAAAUACUUAGUAUUUCUUUACUUUCA